AUGGCAGGCCUGUACGCAAGAUCUGCCAUGGUGGCCCCCUUCUCCCUCGCCGCGGCCUUCCGAAGCCUGUCCAUCGCCGCUCCAAAGCGAGCUCUCUCAACGGCUCCGGCUACGCGAUCAGUCUUCAAACUGCCUGAAGAUGCUCCAGUCUACCCCUACGCUCCCAACCGGUGGUACAAGCAGUCCAACAGCGGUCUCUACGGUGGAUCCAUGAUCCGAUUCGGUAACAAGAUCUCCAAGGGCCGCAACGAGGGCAAGACCCGACGAAGCUGGAAGCCCAACGUUCGCCGGAAGAAGAUUCACAGCAAAGCACUCGGCGAAGAUCUGUUCAUUAAAGUCACCAAACGCGCAUUGCGCUCAAUCCAGAAGUCAGGUGGUCUAGACAGGUAUCUGCUUUCUGAUCGCCCGCGACGUCUCAAGGAGCUGGGUCCGUUCGGUUGGAACCUCCGAUACCAGGUCAUGCAGACGCCAUCCAUCCAGGCACGCCUCAAGUGUCAGCGUAUUAAACUCAACAUUCCCAAGCCUCCCACUUUCGAACAAUUCCUCGACAGCAAGAAGAAUGAAAUGAAGCAGAAGAUGGAGGACUUGGAUAUUGAUGCCCUGACCAAGCCUCGUCCUUUCGGUCGCCAGUUGAACAGUGCUCGCAGGAAGGUGUAA